CACGUUGCGCACAUGGUGUAGGAUGUGACUGCGCCACACCCAGCUGUGCCUGAAGUGUAGUGAUGGGAACAGUUCGCAGGGACUCGCUUGUGUAAUAGUUGGGGGCAACCAGCGGUACGGAGCUCAUGCUGCUGCUCCACUGCUGUGCCUCCCCUCAUGUCCCAAUGACAGCAGAAGGCGGGCGAUGCAUGAGCGAGAGCCUUUCACGCUUUCGUACGAUUAUUUACAACUCUUUCGCUGUGACCAAAGUAAACACUGAGACAUUGUAAUGUCCUAUAAGCCUGUUUAAAAUGGGCUUGUUUUUAUAUAUCGCUGGAUCUGCCAACCCCACCGAGGCCAGUGUCUAUGAGCAGGUACUUCACUGCGAGGGUGUGAAUAAUAAAAGCUACGCGUGUGAGACAGGACACUGUUGUGGAGAGUCCCAGUGCUGUAGCUACUACUAUGAACUCUGGUGGUUCUGGCUGGUGUGGGCCAUCAUCUUCAUCCUGAGCUGCUGUUGCGUUUGUCAUCAUCGUCACACCAAACACAGACUGCAACAACAACAACGACAGCACGAGAUCAACCUCAUUGCCUACAGAGAGGUUCACAACUACACCUCACUGCCCUUCUACUUCAGAUUCCUACCCAACAAUCUCCUUCCAGACUAUGAGGAGGCAGUGCAUCGGCCCGCUACGCCCCCUCCUCCAUACAGUGCCUUAAACGCCGGCCCUCCGACCUACACCAGCCCUUUAACCACUGACCAGCAGGAUGUGCAGUGUGCACCCAGACAGACCACUCCAUUGGCCCCUGAAUCUGACACACUCUGUUCCAGACCAAACAUAGAGGACAUCCAUACCUCUAACGGGUACCACCAGAAAGAAGACGGCAAGGGCGAGAUCGAGUUAGAGGGGGGCAGAUCCGCACAGAGCACUCUGCCCUUAGAGCAGCCUCCCAGCAUGGACAAACAGAACGAGUGCAGGAAGGAGCCGCUAAGGAAUGUGGCAAUGCCUGACGAGAAAGAGAGGAUUCUGGGAAGGCACCGCAGAUUUACGGGGGACUCUGGGAUUGAAGUGUGUGUUUGUGGGCAAUGCUUAGAGAGCCAUGAGCCCAAAGAAUUCGAGGGGCUUUUGAGCGAGGAGGACCAAGAGGACUCUUUCUGCGAGGAAUGUGGCCUUCAUUCCCAUGGAGAGGAAAGUCAGGGACUUCUGUCCCCAGAAAACAGAGUGGAGCGUGGAGCAUCGCCUGUGCCUCAAUCUCAACCUCACCCUGUCUGCCUCUAUUUGCAUACUAUUAAUGAACAAGAGGGUCCACAACAUAGUAACACAGAAUCACAAAGCUAAAUGCAUGACAUUACUGUAAAAAAAA